ACAACAAGAGUAUACAGCCGAGUCGGCUUCAGAUGCUGGAUGUGUUAUGUCUCCAACAUUUGCCAGAGGGCGCAGUGUCUGAUCGGGACACAACACCAUCUACGGUUUUGUUGGAUUGAUGGAGCCGCAAAUGAUGUCCUGCUUCGUUUUCUUCGCUUUUGCGUUUACAGAAAACGUCGGAUGUAUUAGAGGAAGGGUUGGACCUAAAGUGACCGAAAAGGUGUUCUUUGACAUCACCGUGGCAGGUCAUGAAGUUGGCCGGAUUGUGAUUGGCCUGUUUGGAGAUGUUGUUCCCCUGACUGUGAAUAACUUUGUGGCUCUUGCCACAGGGGAGAAAGGAUACGGCUACAAAGGAAGUACAUUUCACCGGGUGAUCAAGGACUUCAUGAUCCAAGGAGGUGACUUCACAGCUGGAGAUGGAAAUGGAGGUAGAAGCAUUUACGGGAACCAAUUUGCUGAUGAGAACUUCAAGCUGAAGCACAUGGGAGCAGGUUGGGUCAGCAUGGCCAACGCGGGCCCAGACACCAACGGCUCUCAGUUCUUCAUCACUGCGUCCAGGGCUCCUUGGCUGGACGGGAAGCACGUGGUGUUUGGGAAAAUCUUGGAGGGCAUGUCUGUGGUUCAUACCAUCGAGCUCCAAGACACAAAUGACCGGAACCUGCCCUACACAGAGUGUGUCAUUGUCAACAGUGGGAAGAUAGAAGUCAAAGAGCCAUUUAUUGUGGAUGUGGAGGGUUGGUAGGGUUAUCACUAUGUGUGUUACUGUAUUCAGAGAAGUAUUAUGCAGUUGUUGUUUAUGGCUCUCUAAUGUGUAUACUAACUUUUAACAAAAUGAAUACAAUGAAUUCAGUCAUUAUGAGAAGAUGUCAUUUACAAUUAAUAUCUUAAAACCAUUGUAAUUUAGUUUUUUAACCUACACUCAUUAACUGCCAAAAUGAUCAGUAUGUCAUUUGCACUAUCCACUCAGCACUUUGUCAUGCUAAGCUGAAACAACUUUUAGUUUUUUACAAUGUUGAAAGAUUACACAAAGUAUAUUAUACUUCACUUAUUUUGACAUAUCAAAUGUAAUCACAGCAGCUGUAUGUUGUGAAAUGUUAAUGAGGUUCCCAUUUGUGAACAUGUUGCAUUGUUAUGGUGAGUAUGUUUUAUUAUUUAUGAGACAUUAAUUUGUGGGGAUUAAUCUGGAAGAUGUAGCAAGCUGCAAAGUUGUUAAUAUUUUAAAAAACUAUUGCACAAUUGCAUAGAAAAUUGCUAGUGAUUACUUCAGGGCAAUUCCACUUUAACCGAAUUACACUUUGACUCAGAUGUAUCACUUUAAAAUGUAUGCCAAACAAAAACAUUGAUUUCUAAGUUUAACAAACCAUAUAACUCCAUGCACAAUGACUACUAACAAUUUACACUUACAUUUACUAAAAGAACUGAACAGAUGCAAAAUUUGGUAAUAGAAUUACAGUAAAAUCUCCCUCAAUUUCUUAUGCAAACACAUUUUCCAAUAAUUAAGAUUCAAAUAUGUAUGCAAAAAGAAUGGGGUGUCAGUUAUGACAUGACACCUUGAGUUUGAAAUAAUUUAUUUUGGUUAUUUAACUACAGUAGGUGAAGUGGAUUUACAUCUGGUAACGGAAUUACGGAAAUGAAAUUGCAUCAUGGAUCCCUGAUCUGUACUAUACAGAAAUGCAUAAUGAAGGAUAUGAAUAUCAUGCUCAUCAUGGUGAUUUAUCCUGAAUAGGUACACAAAGGUGGAAAUAUGCAAUGUCUUCAUUUUGCUUAUUUGAGUUUUAUUCUACACACUGGCUAUUAUUGUAAUGAGCAUUUGGUUGGUACGGACCAGAGUGCAGUACAGUAUAGCACAGUAGAGUAGAAUACAGUAAAGUAGAUAUGUUCAGCACUCUUCAACAUUAUUGUGUUUUGAUGUACUUUUUCUGGUAGAUGUUGUCCAAGACCAAUUUUCCAUCUGUUUAACCAGAAAUCAAAGUCCAACAUUUUUGGAUGGAAUAAUGUAUUUUUUUUAUAUAUAUGCCAUGAUUUCUCAAAAAUAUAGACUGUUAGCUUUAAUUUGACAUCCAAUUUGACAUGCUCCUAUGAACUUCACAUGUUGGUGCUCUUGGAUCCUUUUAAAUGGAAAUGCCCUUGUUAAAUAGGAAUCAUUUUAUUUUAAAAUGUUCAUCCAUAGAUAGUUGUUUUAAAAAUCUAGCAAUUCAUUCAGUCUUUCAGAGAUAUCCACAAGCAUAUCAUAUACAGUUGAACUCGGAAGUUUACAUACACUUAGGUUGGAGUCAUUGAAACUUGUUUUUCAACCACUCACUUAUAGCUUGUCAAUUAAAGAUUACAUAAAAAAGAAAAAACAA